CAGAGGUGGAGCAGCUAUAUAUGGUAUGUGGCUCCAAUCAGGCAGUGUGUGUCUGUGUGUGUGUGUCUGUGGUGAUGAAUGCACACCGGUGCCGGCUGCGGGCGGGCGCACAGGACUCAUACGGGACGCGGCCUGAUCCUUUGAAUCAAAGGCAACGGUGUCAUGUUUAAAACGCGCGUUUGCAGUAUGUGUGUGUGGUGAUUUAGUGGAGACGAUGCUGACUGACACGACCGUGGAGGAGGAAUUCGAGAUCAAGGAGGAGGAACCGUGGUACGACAAGCAGGACCUUGAACAUGACCUGCAGCUGGCGGCCGAGCUGGGGAAGACCCUCCUGGAGAGGAACAGGGAGCUGGAGCAGGGGCUGCAGCAGAUGUACUCCACCAACCAGGAGCAGCUGCAGGAGAUCGAGUACCUGACGAAGCAGGUGGACCUCCUCAGGCAGGUCAAUGAUCAGCACGCCAAAGUGUACGAGCAGCUGGAUGUGUCGGCCAGAGAGCUGGAGCACAGCAACCACAAACUGGUGGUGGACAACAGGACGGCGCAGCAGAGGAUCCAGGGGCUGGCAGAAACCGUGGAGCUGCUGCAGACGCAGGUGGAGGAGCUGCAGCAUCAGGUGGAAGAGCUGAAGCUGAGUCCUCAGCCUCAGAAGCCUCCGCACAGGGAGGGGUGGUCAACUCGCAGCAGUCAGAGUGUGUCCUGUCUGAAAGAGCUGCAGAACACACUCAGGUACGACUGUGACCCCGAUGAACCCUCCGACGACCUCGAGUCCUCCGACAUGUCGUGGCACGAGGAGGAGCAGGAGUCACUGCGUCAGUCCCUCCGCGCCCUCCAGACGCAGUUUGCCGUUGAGCGCGCCCGCAGGGAGGAGACGGUGCGGGAGGCCGAGCUGCUCGCCGGCGAGAACGCGACGCUGGAGCAACAGCUGACCAGGAUGGAGGGGUGUCAGGUCCGAGUGCACGAGCUGGAGCGUGAGGCCGAAGAGCUCCGUCAGCUCUGGAAAUCACAGUCCUCCACCAGAGCCUCCAGGCCGGACUCGGCCAUCCACAACCUGCUGCCGGAAUCGCUGCUCCUCCACCCAGAAGAGGAGGAGAGCGAGGGUGAUGCAGCCGCAGCUAGAGGCCCCUGGGUGCUGAAGCGCUGGGGCCAGGAGAGGCCGACAAGGGCACCGCAGCUGCCCGACUGCCCCGACAGGAUCUACGACCACGAGUGCUCCUGCGUGCGCCGAGCAGAGGUGGUCAAGUACCGCGGCAUCUCGCUGCUCAACGAGGUGGACGCCCAGUACAGUGCCUUGCAGGUGAAGUACGACGAGCUGCUGCAGCGCUGCCACCCGGGGCCGCAGGAGGCCGAUCAGGACGGGCAGAGCCAUAAAUCGGUCCAGACGCCGUCCCUCGUUUGUCCUGCUCUGAAAGACAUGGAGGACUUUGAGGAUGACUUUCACCAGCCUGAGUACAAGGAACUUUUUAGGGAAAUUUUCUCCCGCAUUCGUAAAACCAAAGAGGACCUGAUUGAAAACAGGGGGGGAACCUCUAACGGUGGCGCGCUGCCUAUUUCGCAUUAGCUGCUUCCAGAGAAAAGAGAGAAAAGAACCUGGUGCGAGAUUAAUGAUCGUCUUCCAGUUACUCUGCGAUUUAAACUUGAGACUUAAACAACAGCACAUGCAGCUAAGUCGACACUUUGAUGUGUGUGAUUUGCCCAGAAAAUGUCCAACAAAGACACAAGAGUGAUGCAGAAAACAGGACGACCAAACACCACCAGCUCAGGUCUCAGAUGUGGCUCAUUUUGCACAGAAACACCAGUGCCUAAAGCCGCCGUCUCCACCGUGCGCUCACUCUACCUCACUUUGCAAAGACCUGUUCUUAAAACCUGAGGAAACCGUUUCUGGGGAAUAAUCUGUCGUGUCUUCAUACACUGUGUCUGUAACGCUCUGUUCUACAGGUCCUGUAGUUUCCUUUUAUAAAUGAAUGUAAAUUCACUGAAAGGUUCCUGGAAAAGACCUAAAGAAGAAGUUUGGUAAUAAUUACAGAGAAAUUGGAGAAACCAGUGAAUAUAUUUGAAUUAACUGCUGGUGUGAGGUGGGAAGCUUAUUAUUUAGUGCAAAACAUGCAAAAAAACUGUACAUUAAAUAUGGAAAAUCAGGUUUUGGAUUAAAUUUAAUAAAAUCCUCAUGUAGUGUCAAUGCAACAUACAUUACAAAUUAAUCUAUUGAUUUAUUUUUAUUUUUUAUUAAUCACUUUGGUCAAUGAAUAUUCAGGAAAUACCAAAAAGCUUGAUUAUUGCUUUUGUAUUCAUUUUACAAUGAUACAAAACAAAUAGGAAAAAAAAAAGUCCUCACAUUUCAGUCAAUGGAGCCAGAUAAUUUUUUGGGCAUUCCUGGAAAAAAUGGCAUUAAACAGAUGUUCAACAAAUAGUUUGAGCUCUUAACUCCACAAAAGUGAACUAAACUCUCAGAACUUUACUCUUUUUUCCUUGUAACUUCGUACCUUUUUUCUAGGAAACAUUAUUUGGGAAGUCACAGAUCUGUAAAACAAAUUGCUCCACUUGAAUCUGUUUUGUUUACGGAUCUGUGGUCUAACGUCUAAUCUUAAUUUAAUUUACUUCCUUGCUACUAUUGGGGGGAAAAAAGAAAAAUGUAGGCGUAUUGGUGAUAGUUGUGCCUGCGAGGAUGAUCAGUAUAUAAUCUGAUGUUAAAUUGAUGAAGAAGAGGUUAAAGUUGGUUAUUGAGGGUGUUGGAAUAAAUUCGUGGUUUUUGUAAUUGUAACAUUGCUCUGAAACUUGAUUAUUGUAUAUUAGGUUAGAUGAUGUGAGUGGAUGUUAUAUUAAAGGGACGUUCUGCGGUUCAUAAUGAAAUCACUUGAUAAUGUAGCAGCCUCCUGAUGUUUUUGCCUCAGGACGCCGGUGUAUGAUUGGAAGCUUCUUUUCCCAGCAGCACCUCUGUUGCGUUCGCUGCCUGACGUUUCCAUCGUCCUUGUUUUAAGCUUAAAGUCUGUGCACAUGUAUGUAAACAUCCUGUUAAGUCCCAUUUAGAUGCACUUUAGAAUUGCACAGGCUCUUCUGACACUUUAUAUCUCAUGUGUAGUUAAUGCAAAGCGUGAUGUGCUACUGUUCCGAUCAUAUUCUAGACCUGAGUAACCUGCAGAAUGUUUGUGUGUCUGUACGAUGCGCUUUUGACCUGCUUCAUGACUGGACCUCUUUGUUGCUGUUAUUGCUCUGAGCCAUAAAACAUGAAGCAAGAUG